CAGGCGGGCGCGGCGACCGGGGCCCGGGCGGGGAUCCGGGCAGUGACCGAGGCGGCGGCAGCGCCCCGGGCCCGCCGCCCCCUCCCCUUGGGCGGGGGGAGCCGCUGCAUGGGGCCGGGGGGACGGCCCUGCUGCGCGGAGCGGCGGCGGCGGCGGACCCCCCAGGCGGGCUGGGGUUGAGCCCGGUGCCGGGGCGGGGGCUCCGGGGGGACCAUGCCCGGAGGCCGGCCGGCCGCAGCAUGGCUCACGGGCCCGGCGCGCUGAUGCUCAAGUGUGUGGUGGUCGGCGACGGGGCGGUGGGCAAGACGUGCCUACUCAUGAGCUAUGCCAACGACGCCUUCCCGGAGGAGUACGUGCCCACCGUCUUCGACCACUACGCAGUCAGCGUCACCGUAGGGGGCAAGCAGUACCUCCUGGGACUCUAUGACACGGCCGGACAGGAAGACUAUGAUCGUCUGAGGCCUUUAUCUUAUCCAAUGACUGAUGUCUUCCUUAUAUGCUUCUCUGUGGUAAAUCCAGCCUCAUUUCAAAAUGUGAAAGAGGAGUGGGUACCAGAACUUAAGGAAUAUGCACCAAAUGUACCCUUUUUAUUAAUAGGAACUCAGAUUGAUCUCCGAGAUGACCCCAAAACUUUAGCAAGACUGAAUGAUAUGAAAGAAAAACCUAUAUGUGUGGAACAAGGACAGAAACUAGCAAAAGAGAUAGGAGCGUGCUGCUAUGUGGAAUGUUCAGCUUUAACCCAGAAGGGAUUGAAGACUGUUUUUGAUGAGGCUAUCAUAGCCAUUUUAACUCCAAAGAAACACACAGUAAAAAAAAGAAUAGGAUCAAGAUGUAUAAACUGUUGUUUGAUUACGUGAGAAACAUCUUCAGUGGCCAAGGAAACUCUCUAUUUCUCUCUAAGAAAGCAUAUGAAAUGCUACAGCUAUCCCUAGACCUCUUACAAAUGCUGAAACAGUUCAAAACUUGAAAGAAAAAACAACCCUGUCCUCAGAAUUCUAUCGAGUUCAUUAAGAAUGUUUCUUAAAGGUCCAAGAAGCAGCAAACAGCACCUGAAGUCACAAUCUAUUAUAAAUACUUUAUUUCAACUAGAAGGUACAAUCUCUCAGGGGUUUCAUAGUUUAAAAAGCUACAAUCAUGUAAUACAUAAAAAACAGUGCUAUAAAUGGAACUGCCUGGCUUAGACCAUAUACAUUUCUGCACAGUCUUUAUGGAAUCUGCACAAAAAAAAAAAAAAAAAACCCAAAAAAACAAAACAAAAAACAAAAAAACAAACUUCUUCCUUUGUUCCAAUUAAUUGUUCUUGUAAGUAAGUUGCUUUCUAUUCCAGUAUAUCCAGAGUGGUGAAAUAACAAGGCCAGCCACAUAGCCAAAGGUCGCUCCGAGCGUACAGGAGAUGGGCCAUACCUGAGGAGACAAUGUAUGAGAUCAAAAGAGAACAAACGUUUUAUUAUUACUUGAGCACAAAUUAAGUGUAACCUAAAUAUUUCUAUAUUAAAGCUUAAUGUGCUUUCUUAAAGAAUGCCAAAAGUGUAAUAAGGUCAUAACUGCAUUUAUCAUGAACACUAAAAAAUGUACACGUUUUAGUUAAUGUGCAUUCAAUUGUAACAAGGCUUCUGGCAACUGUAGAUUUAGUUUGAUGCUCCCCAAAAUGCAUGAGAGACAUGCUAAAGUUACAAAUUAAAAUUUUGGGUCAGACUUUGCCAUAAUCUUGGACUCAAUUUAGCUCUUUGAAGUUGGUAAUUUUGUUUUUGAAUUUCCACAUUGGCUUGUUUUGUAUAUCAAAUGAAAUGAGAAGUGUCUAUGAUGAUCAAACCACAAGAAACUUUAAAUUGUGUUGAAAGACCUAGAAUUCAAGCAUGUCAUAUGAAGUUUAUAACAAAGCAACUGCUUCCAUUAUAAAACUGAUGUCACCUCUCAGAUACAGAUAUUGGAACCAUCACAGAAGUUGUAGAACUACCAACUUAAGUGUAAGUUAAACAAAAUACUGGCUUCCAGAUGCUCAUUUUUUUCCAGCCAAAUUGUAAUAUCUCACAAUAGUACACUAAGCCAGAAGUAAAUGUUGAUUUAUUCCAUCCAAAGCAGUGCAUGUUGGUCCCUAGGUGCAAGGCCCUGUAUUAAAAAAAAAGUUUUCAUGUCAUCUGUGAAGUAUGCUAGAGCCAUUUCUAAUCUUUCUCUGGGGGAACAGGCCAUAGAACUGUGUUAGAGGUGAACCAUCUUAAUUGCUAGCUCUGCUACCUAACUAAGCUUCCUUGGUUGGUCUGCUGUGGACCUGCCUUAUUCCAAAUGCCAUCAACAGACAAUAUGUUAGGCAAAGUUUCAGUGUAAACAAACCAAUGCAGUUCAGAGAGAAGCAUAAUCAAAUCCAUACAUUUUUUUUCCCCAGCCUUUUCUACAUUUAAACUCACAGUUGCCUAAAUUAUGAUUUUAUGUCUUUGGUGAGUUCCUGUUAAUUUCCAUGACUUGAGCUUAUAGCUAUGUCUAUUGCACAGAUUGGGUAAUGAACACUAAUCUUUUAUACUUGAAAAUGACAGCCUUAAAUACUCAUCAUCAGUCACAAAUCUAGGAUGGACUGUAUUGUAUGUGAGCUUUGUAGAGAUUUUUUAAAACAGAAGCAUCAUCUUCCCCAUUGAAGAGUGGAGAGUCUACUGGAUAAACUAGUCAGGAGCAUUCUCUCUGAACCGGACAGUGGAUCUCUUCUUUCUCCCAAGAAGUUGUGGUUCACACUAAGUACCAUGGCCUUAUGAAUGCUCAAAUGGAAUCUUAUGUAAUGUGCUCAUUUAAUUUUGGUCUGCUAUUUUUAGAUAGAGUUGAAAGGAAUUGUGUAAAUCAAUUCAUAUAUUAGCUAAAGUGUCCAAUACAUGGUAUAAAGGAAUUAAGACAGUAAAGUAUUAUACAUUUCCACCUUGUCUUUGGGGAUUUAAUGGGAAUUUAUUUUUUCUCAAAUUCACAUUUCUGAAACUUUUCUUCACAUUUGGUUUCACUAGCCAGUGGAAAUUAAAACCUAGAAUUUGUCCAAUCUAACAGAAAGGGACUAGGACUCUGGAAACACAGCUCUGGUAUCACCUGUUUCAAGAAUGGGCCUCAGUUUCCUCAUCUAUAAAUAUGGAAGAUAGAUGAUUUCCAUACCACUCUCAUUUAUCAACUCUCAUGAUCUCUUCUUUUUCAUAAUAAUCAUAGUUGGACAUUACCCUUUCAGCUUCACAUUUUAAGGUGGUAAAAAUCCUGUACAUAGAUUAUUGGAACUCAAAGCAAAGAUGAUUGUUUCAUCUGAACCUGAGGUGCCUUAGGUGCUCUGUUGACCUUGAUGGGGGUUGGAGUUUCCCAUUGCUUAUUAAGAGCCUUUUCAUUGCUUUGGCUCUGUAGUAUUUCUUUUUGCAAAAUCUUUCCUGCCACUUUAACAAAAAACCAAAGAUUUGUUUUCUAUUCAUACGCAGAUUGUAGAAAAUUGCCUUAUUUUCAGAAAUGCAUCUUCAUUAAAGGCUUAGGUCUCAACAGAAAUUCAGACUAGUCACUGGAACAACUAGUUCAAAGUAGUGAAAUAUCUGGGAAAUAAAAUACUUCAAAAAUAUCUUACUGACGUGAAUUUUGCUAGUGAGUGCAAAUACACUGCUUCAAAUAAGGUCAUGUAUGAAUGAACUUACACUUAUAGUUAAUAUUUUUUAUAUAUACAUAUAUAUAAAUCAGUUCUGAAGUUCUUCAAAGUAAUUUUAGAGGCUCCCUGAAAUCUUAUUUAACACUUUGCUAAUUUAUACCUUCAUUCUAUCUCUACAGGUACAUUUUAGGUUAGACCACUUUGAGUUAUCAUAUUUCCAAUAAGUAGAGCCUGAGUUACGGUUUUUAUUGUGAAUUAUUUUACUUAUUUUAGACAUUGCUUUCAUUUGAUUUUUAGUUAUUUUUAAGUACAAAAAUUAAAUACUGGUUUGUUGGUUGUUGCUUUUUAAGUGAUUGUUACUUUAACAGUGUCCCAUCUUAACACAUGGGAUUAAAAAUAAAAUACCAUGUAUAGUUUACUAUCUAUGUAAAGCAUUGCACUUCUUACCUUAGUAGUUUUUAUUUAACACCCUGUAAACAUUUGGGAUAAUAUUCUUUCCUCUGUUCCUCAUGCUGCGAGCCUUUUCAUCGGCCAAGUGUUAAGCAUCUGCACUUUGUUAUAAAGCACGCUGUCCAAGAGUAGGGAGAAUAAUAAACCCUUGGGAAUCCCAACCAAAUUCCAGUUUGAGUUACUAAAUUCUAUUUUAAUCACUUGUAAUUUCAAUGUGGCUCUUUGUUACUAAACACAUGCGUACAUUCACACAUAGCUGCUGUAUUUCACCUCCCAUGGAAUGCCAAAAAUGAAAUAAAUAUUGGUUAAAAAGUUUUGUCUAAUGAGGGGUUAAGUCUUCUUGGAAUAUUUGUUAUUAUUAAACAUCUCAAGAAAUCCGUGCUGUCAGCAAAUUAAAAUGUUGGACUGUCUUUGAAGAUUGUUUCCUAGUGAUGGCUGAGGCUUUCCAAAGUGGUCCUCAAUUGUAAUGUGGUCAUUUUUUAAAGAGAAUUUCUCUAUACAACGGUAACUUCCUGAUUUGUGUGGACCAAGAGAGGGAAUGGUGAAGGGAGUAGUUGAAGGGGGUUGGGGGAGGUUGCCCACUAAUCAUUUUUCCUUAAGCAAUUUCUUACUAACCUUGUAAUUGUUUAAAAAAAUUAAAUCGAUAGUAUGGCAACAGAAUUUAUACUGACUUAAGCAAUCCUAGCUUAACCAUGUACAUUCAUAAUUAGAUCUUGAAGUUUAUAUUUAAAACUACGUACUUUUCUUAUAUACAGAAAUGUUUCUAUUUAACAUUCUUCAUGUCUAGAAGGAUUUUGUUUUUAAAAAAACAUGGUAUUAUCUAUUGAACAGACAAUUCAACUGCAUUGCUACAAACACUGGGUUCUCCAAAUUAUAGUAAUCUGCAAUGGCUAUAUAUAAUUACCUUGUUUUGUUUAAGGAAAAUGAAAAACUCAAAGACAUCCAUGUAAAGGAAGUCCUUCAGAAGUCUUUGCCACCAAAACAAUGGUCAUCUUUUUAUCCAAUUUUUAUGAAUUAAAAAAAUUUUUAAAUCACAAAAUAGAAGAAAAAACCCUGUUGAGUAACAAAAGAUAAUAAAGUACAAGAGGGUAAAACUGAAAAUUACUGUUAAAAAGGAAAACAUUUAAAAAAAUGAACAGCUACAUCAUGUGAAGGAAGUAUCUUGCUUAGUGUGUUAUUACCCUUUCUCUGUAUCAAAUUACUCCUUAUAUUCUCAUCACAUAAAAAAGGGCAGUGUUCUCAAGUUAAUCAGCAUUAACAAAGGCCUAAUAUUAUAGGUUCUGGGUACAUGGUAUCCAGAAAAAAGGUAUUUCUCAGAAAUAAAAUAAUUGCAUCCUAAUAA